ACCUAUGAGGAAUGGAAAGACAUGCUGCCAGAUUUUAGUGAAUACAACUGGGUCAUUCCUGAUUUUGUCUGGGAACUGAGUGAACAAAUAGAUUUUGAUAAACUGGCCAAAGCUCUACCAGAGAUGGAAGAAAUAGCCAAACUACUACCUGACAUGGACAAGAUAGGAGAGAACUUCACUUUCCUCAAAAGCCUCUUGUCCUCUGGUGUGAGUUUGGGUAGUGAAGUCAAAGGAGCUGGUCUGCAUCUGUUGUUAGAAACCUCAGGUGAUCCUCCUCUAAAAGCCACAGAUUCCUCUACUGCAGCCACACAAGAUGCCAGUGACAAGCAGUACAAAAAGGGUCUGCUUGGGGAGCUCAUUCUUAUUCAGCAGCAGAUCCAGCGGCACGAGGAGGAGGUCCGGCGGGCCGCUGCAGCCAAUAGUGCGCGUCCCCCACCGCCAGAGCCUGCUCCCAGUCCGCCUCCGAACCCCAGCCCCCCUCAACAGAAACGCAAGUCAUCAGACAAAGAAAAGAUAGACCAGCUUCAAGAAGAACUGCUCCGUACACAGCUAAAAUAUCAGCGCAUGCUGGAGAGACUGGAGAAGGAGAAUAAAGAGUUAAGGAAAGUGGUGCUGCAAAAAGACGAUAAGGGGAUUCACCAAAGGAAAGUGAAGAAAUCCCUUAUUGACUUGUAUUCUGAAGUUCUGGACAUCUUGUCUGACUACGAUGCCAACUACAACACACAGGACCACCUACCCAGGGUGGUUGUGGUCGGGGAUCAGAGUGCUGGGAAGACUAGUGUGCUGGAGAUGAUAGCUCAGGCCAGGAUCUUUCCUCGGGGUUCAGGAGAGAUGAUGACCCGCUCCCCUGUCAAGGUAACACUAAGCGAAGGCCCCCACCAUGUAGCCUUGUUCAAGGAUAGCGGCCGAGAGUUUGACCUUACUAAGGAGGAAGAUCUUGCUGCUCUGAGGCACGAGAUCGAGCUGCGGAUGAGGAAGAGUGUGAAGGAAGGACAGACAGUCAGCUCUGAGACAAUAUCGUUGAGUGUCAAAGGCCCCGGCAUCCAGAGGAUGGUGCUUGUUGACUUACCAGGUGUCAUCAGUACGGUGACUACCGGCAUGGCAUCAGACACUAAGGAAACCAUCUUCAGCAUCAGCAAAGCCUACAUGCAGAACCCCAACGCAAUCAUCCUCUGUAUUCAGGAUGGCAGUGUCGAUGCAGAGCGGAGCAUUGUAACUGACUUGGUUAGCCAGAUGGACCCCCAAGGGAAGAGGACCAUCUUUGUCCUGACCAAGGUGGACUUAGCUGAAAAGAACUUGGCCAGCCCGAGCAGAAUCCAGCAAAUAGUGGAAGGAAAGCUGUUCCCCAUGAAGGCCCUGGGCUACUUUGCUGUGGUGACAGGCAAAGGGAGCAGUGGUGAAAGCAUAGAAUCUAUCAAAGAUUACGAGGAGGACUUCUUCCAGAACUCCAGAUUACUGAGGGAUGGCAUGUUGAAAGCCCACCAGGUGACCACAAAGAACCUGAGUCUGGCCGUCUCUGACUGCUUUUGGAAGAUGGUUAGGGAGUCUGUUGAGCAGCAGGCUGAUGUCUUCAAAGCUUCCCGUUUCAACCUGGAGACAGAAUGGAAGAACAACUACCCUCGCCUGAGAGAGCUGGACAGGAAUGAACUGUAUGAAAAGGUCAAAAAUGAAAUCUUGGAUGAAGUCAUUAGUUUGAGUCAAGUCACCCCGCAACACUGGGAGGCCAUCCUGCAGAAGAAGCUGUGGGAACGUGUUUCCACCCAUGUAAUUGAGAACAUCUACUUGCCUGCUGCUCAAACAAUGGACUCUGGUACCUUUAACACCACCGUAGACAUCAAGCUCAAGCAGUGGACUGACAAGCAACUUCCACACAAAGCACUGGAGGUUGCCUGGGAGACACUGCAGGAGGAGUUUGCCCGCUUCAUGGCUGAAUACAGAGGCAAAGACCAGGACGACAUUUUUGACAAGCUGAAGGAGGCGGUGAAGGACGAGAGCAUCAAGAGGCACAAAUGGAAUGAGAGAGCCAUGGACAGCCUGAGGGUAAUCCAGCACAAUGCCCUGGAAGAUCGUUCCAUCACUGACAAGCCUCAGUGGGAUGCAGCAAUCCAGUUCAUGGAAGAAACCCUGCAGUCACGCCUCAAAGACACUGAGUCAGUAAUCAGAGACAUGGUGGGUCCAGACUGGAAGCAGAGGUGGCUGAACUGGAAGAAUCGCACACCAGAUCAGCAUAUUCGUAAUGAAACAAAAAACGAGCUGGAACGUUUGCUGAAGCUGCACGAUGACCACACAGCCUACUUGGCCAAUGACGAGGUCACCACAGUGAGGAAGAACCUCGAGGGACGAGGGGUCGAGGUUGACCCUGUGCUGAUCAAGGACACAUGGCAUCAGCUGUAUCGCCGUCACUUCUUGCAGAAGGCGUUGUCCCACUGCAACCUCUGCAAGAGAGGUUUUUACUACUACCAGAGACACUUUGUUGACUCUGAGUUGGAGUGCAAUGAUGUGGUACUGUUCUGGAGGAUCCAGAGGAUGCUGGUCAUCACAGCCAACACUCUUCGACAACAGCUCACCAACACUGAGGUGCGCCGUUUGGAGAAAAAUGUGAAGGAGGUGCUGGAUGACUUCGGAGAAGACAUGGAGAAGAAGACCCAGCUUAUCACCGGCCGCCGAGUCCAGCUGGCCGAGGAUCUUAAGAAAGUUCGUGAGAUCCAGGAGAAACUUGAAGCCUUCAUAGAAGCUCUUCACAAGGAGAAAUGAGAGAACCAGAGCUAUUGAAAGUAAAUUUUUGGAUCACCGCAGAGAAAUGCACUGAACAAAGACAAGUAAAUCUGUAAAUGACCGUCAUCACCCCCCGGCCCUGCCUCACCACUAACCUGAUUUUAAUGCCCUCGGCUCGGCUUCCUGUCCCCCUGUCCCCCUGGACACCGAUGGAAAGACGGACCUGAACAGAAGGAUAUGAUGGAGGAACAGUUUUCAAGCUUUCUCUUUGAUUUUCUAUUUUUUUAUGUUUUCAUUUUUCCUCACUUCAUUUACAAGCUGUCCCACGUCAGGUUGGGGUGGGGACUUCUGCACAGGAGCCCAAACAAACACAGUGAGAUCAGGAGGAAAACUAGGAGCUUGCACAGCGCUUUAAAUAAAUGAGGAUUGUGUACAUGUUUAUCUCCCCACUUUCUUCCUUUUAUUUAUUUAUUUUUCUUUCCUGACCUGUGGUGUUUGUGUAUAUGUGAUUAUACAAGCGUAUGUGUUCACUGAUCUGUGUACAGAGAAACACACCUCACUGGCACUGGUCCUGAUGGGUGAAAAAGCCUUGAAUUUCAUAUCUUUCACCUGGUGUUCAUUAGAUACACCAAGCUACCCAGCCCGCUAGGCUCAGAAUUUGCCUCUGUUUAAUGUUCAAAAGAAUAUUUUUAGUUGCACUUAACAUCCAAAGCACUUAAGUUGUCCCUCCAAGUGGUAGCUGUAUUCUCCAUUUACUCUACAUGUAACCCUCCAUUUCCACCUUGCUCCAGCAGAUGUUCUCACGUUAAAUCUUUAAGAAUUGAAUGUUAACUAUCUGGUUCAAUAUUCAGCUUCGUUUCUGUUGUAUUAACAGAUACAAUCAGCUCUGAAAGUGAUGGCAACAAUAUUAUGUUAAGAUUUUAUAUCUUAUCAUUUUGAUCUAAUGGGGUUCAUUUCAAAAAUAGUAUGCUUGUAUGUAUGCCAAAUGCACAUAAUGUUCUGCUCCUACAUCUAAGUCACACUUUGUCUCUGUUUGUCUGCAUGAUGCUCCAUCUUUGUACAUAAACAUUUCAUUUGCUGUCUACUCUCCCCAUGUUUCAACUGACAGAUAAUAGUAAAAAUUCCAACACCCUAUCAAUAGGUUAAAUAUGUAAUUAGAUGUCAAUUCAGGGUGUUUGUUGAUCAUUUAGACACAUUAAGCUGGGUGCCACAGGUUUUAACUGAUUAUGUGAUCACAUAUUAUUAGACCCAUUUUUAAGGUUUAAGAUGUUAUUAUUCUACAUUCAUACUACAUCAGCAGUUAAAAAUGUUUGUCAUAAUAACAGUUUAAAAAUACAUCAACCAAUUAAGAGGUAGAUCUCAUUAGAUUUUUAAAAGCUAUCACAAUAUCUGUCAGUUGUUACACCCCACGUCACCCUCUAUUCGUCUUUUCAUCCGGUCCAUCCUGAUCAGUUGGUCCAAUUUACGCAGGGCCAGGAGAGUACUCAUGAGGUGUUUGCAAAUUGCACCAGGUUUCAUGUCAAUUGUUUAUUUGACAGGACAGUUCUGUCUAUGUACACGCACAGAGCACAGACGCACCUGUCCUCCUCAUCCACUCAUCUCUUGUGUCUGUGAUUGAGUCGUCAUUGAGUCGGAUCUUAUGUCUCUUGCUGCUUCGGGGAUGAGACAACACCCUAAAACUAAGGAAAAUGUACAGAAAUUGACCUCACAGUUAAGAAAAAAAGAAAAGAAAAAAUAUCACAUUCUGGUGGGUGGUUUUUAAACCGAAAAAUUGUAUAUUGCUUUAGUCAACUCACUGAUUCUUCCACCUGUCGCUGUCUAGGGUCGGGUUUGUUUCCCAAUCUUGUGCUUGUUCCUCGCUCUCAUCCUCAACCCACCUCUUACCUCACAUGGCACCGCUCUCUUUGCUCCUCCUUCAUUUGGACCAUUACAACUCUUUCCAUCACCCAUGUAGUCAUCCAGCUCCCUCUUCCUAGCUUGAAAAACUGUCAUAUAUUUGACCGAAAGGGUGUGAGAGACUGUGUGAAACCUCUCCAGUCAUUCAUUCAUUCUUAUGUGUAUAUGGGUAUAAAUAAAUAAUAUGCCGUGCAUUCUGUACAGGUAAAGUUAAUGGGAAGUUGUGGAGCUGCUAUCAUGUACAGCUCCUGUAUGCAGAGUGAGACACUUGUGUUAACAGAAAAUCAGUGAGUUGGUGCAAAAAAUGUUUUAUGUUGUAGAAAGUCAUGUUUGCAUGGUGUACCCCAUCAGAUGUGCUUUAUUUAUUAAAUUUGUGUUUAAAAGAAAAAAGUUAAAAUAAAAUUGACAAAUAAAAAAAGAUUUUUCAUGA